AAGGGACAGCGACGCCAUGAUGAGUGCCAAAGUGAACAUGGAGGCUCCACCCAAAGAACCUGACCGCACACCUUUGGACCCGUCCUCCUCCGCCUCCUUGUCCUCCAGCGAGGCCGUCCUCGUGUGUGGGAGUGAUGGUGUGGCCAAGAAGGCUCGUCCCCAAACCCACACCACCACAGCUUUCCUCCUCCCAGCUCCUGCUGCCGGCCAUCAGAAGCUGGAGGUGACUCCAGCCAUAUCCGUUGGAGACGCAGGUAAAGGAGGCCGGGCCAAUGAGACGACCACCCUGACAGCACAGGUGGGCGGGGCUUGUAGCAUCGUCCACGUCCUGGAGUGGAAGGAGGGGAUGGCCAUCCUGCCAAGCAGCAACCUCAAGUUCUGUGUGAGUGACGUAGGUACCCUGAGCACGCUGAUCAGCCCGGGGACGACCAGCAGCACCGAACCAGCAGCCGGGACCUCUGGGAGACCUUGUGACGCAGAAACUGCUCCAUCAGAAAGGCCAGAUGUGUUGGCUCCUGUGGGCUCAGUGAGAGGAGCCGUGGAGCCGGAGAGGUUUGUGCCGGUGGUCAAACAUGAGGUCCAGGUGGGACCGGGACAUCAGAACCACGAUCCCCGAGCUCAGAGGAGCUACACCGAGGAGCUGCGCAGAGAGCCAAUCACUGACAAGAGGAGUAUCGGGGUGGAGAAGGUGCCAGCAGGCGGGAGGGUCUCCUCUCUUAACCCCGACCACCUGAAGCCCAUGAGGAAGAGGAAGAGGAAGGAGUACCUGAGUCCCUCUGAGGAAGACUCUGACAUCGAAGGCACGGAUGAGAAGACGGAUGAUUCUAAAGCAGACUGCAGGCUCAUCAGAGGAGCUGGAGACAGUAAGACAGAGCAGUGGACGUGGGCUCAGUAUCUGGAGGAGACCAAAUCUGUUGCGGCGCCCAACAACCUUUUCCAGGAGACACAGAGAGUGCCAACAGUGAAGAACGGUUUUAAGCAGGGGAUGAAGCUGGAGGGAAUCGACCCGCAGCAUCCGUCCAUGUACUUUGUUCUCACCGUGGCCGAGGUCUGUGGUUACCGGCUGCGGCUUCACUUUGACGGCUACUCCGACUGCCACGACUUCUGGGUGAACGCCAACUCCCCCGACAUCCACCCCACAGGCUGGUGUGAGAGCACGGGACACAAACUGCACACUCCCAAAGGCUGUAAAGAGGAGGAGUUUACCUGGGCCAACUACCUGAGAAUGACUAAAGCACAAGUGGCGCCCAAAGAGCUGUUUGCCAGUCUUGGGAGGGUUGAUGUGAAGAGCAGUUUUGAGAUAGGAACGAAGCUUGAGGCAGUGGACCGUAUGAACCCCUCCCUCAUCUGCGUGGCCACCGUCACUGAUGUGGUGGACGACCGCUUCCUGGUGCACUUUGACAACUGGGACGACACGUACGACUACUGGUGUGAUUCCAGCAGUCCAUACAUUCACCCGAUUGGUUGGUGCCAAGAGAGGGACCUCCCACUAACACCACCCCAAGAUUACCCAGACCAGGCCCGGUUUAUCUGGUCUCAGUACCUGGAGGAGACUGGGUCCAAGGCGGUGGCUGCAGACGCCUUCAAAGUGCGUGCGGCCCACAGCUUCCAGACUCAGAUGAAACUGGAGGCCGUGGACAAGAGAAGCCCCGGUCUGAUCAGAGUGGCUUCAGUGAUGGAAGUGGAGAUUCAUCGCAUUAGGGUCCAUUAUGACGGCUGGAGUCACGUCUAUGAUGAGUGGAUGGACUCAGAUCACCCCGACAUCCACCCAGCAGGCUGGUGUGAGGCGACCAAUCACCCGCUCAAAGUUCCCCCGCGGGACUCCAAAACACAGCAGCCGCACGGGAGCAGCCUGCACUUCAGUCCAAACUGUAUGAGGGAUCUUCCCCCCAUUACAGGCCAGUCCACCUACCCCUCCUCUGUUCCCUGUAAGCCCAUCAGCCACCCGAGAGCCAACAAGUACAGCUUCCACAACAGGAAGUGUCCUACUCCUGGUUGUGAUGGUUCGGGCCAUGUGACGGGGCGUUUCACGGCCCAUCACUGCAUAUCCGGCUGCCCAUUGGCUGAGCGUAACCAAGGCAGGCUGAAGGCCGAACUGUCAGACUCCGAGUGCAAGAGGACCCUCUUCCUCAGCCAAAGACCCAAGAAGACCCAUUACCGUGGCAGGAUUGGCCGUCCUCCCAAAUACAGGAAGAACCAGCAGAGAGACUACCACAACCUGUCCUCAGAGGGAGUGUACCCGUCCCUGUUCAUGUCAGCUCUGAGCGGUCAGACAGACAGGACUCUGUCUCUCUGCUGGGAGCAGCACUGUAAGCUGCUGCCCGGCGUUCAGGGCAUUCACGCCAGCCAGGUGGCAGCAUGGAGCGUGGAAGAGGUCUUCAUGUUUGUACAGAAUCUAAUCGGCUGUGAAGAACAGGCUUGUCUCUUCAAAGAAGAGAUGAUUGACGGCGAGGCCUUCCUGCUGCUAACCCAGACCGACAUUGUGAAGAUCAUGAGCAUCAAGCUAGGCCCCGCCCUCAAGAUCUCCAACGCCAUCCUCAUGUUCAAGAGCACAGACGAGGUACUCAAGUGAUCCCGCCCUCACCUGACCUGGGAUCAUCAUGUGCCAAAUUCAUUCUGUUACAGGGAAAAAAGACCCUGACCCCUUUUUUCAUGUGUUUGGUGUCCUGUACCCAUCAGAGAGAGGGGGGUGGGGGGUGAGGUGCGAUCAGGGUUAAAGAGGAAAUAAAGGAGAGAGGUUAGAAGAAGAAAACAAAGGAAAUGCAUUACAGUAAUAUUUGUACUUUUACUUCCUGAAUGAGAAUCACUCAUAUUGAUGCAGGCCUUAACACAGGCAGUGUUGGGAAGAUUACUUUUUAUAUGUAAUAGGUUACAGAUUACUUACCCUAAAAAAGUAAAGUAGUGUCUCUUUUAAACCCUUCAUCAAGUAAUGUAACUCAUUACAUUUGGUUACUUUUCUAACAGAUUAGUUGAUUAGUAACUGUAGUUUGAUUCUCAGUAACUAACAACUAUAGUUAUUGUAGUAUAAUAAAAUAAUGCUGUUACAUGGAACUAGUAACUCCCCAAAAUUGUCAGAUACGUUAUGGAAAUAAAAAAGUACACAUGACAAUUUUUACAAGACAUACCGAGGUUCGGACUCA